UUAAUUCAUCACGGACGUGAGGCGAUCUGGGGUUACAUGUAAAAUUACCGAACAUGAAGCGGCGCCGCCGCCAAAUGUAACCGCAUCUCCGUUCCGCACCUUUCUUUCUCUUCAGCCCUCGCUCCCUCUCUUCCCUCCCGCGAACAAAUCAAACGCGAUUCAACAAGCAUCAAGUCGCCGGAGGAGGAGACAAGCGCGGUGGAAGAAGCGAUGUGCCAGAACCCUAACCCUAGAUCCGGCCCCAACCCAGAUCCGAGUACCAGUAGCUCGAUCUGCAGCACGACCCCCGCUGCCGAGGAGCAGCGCCGCCGAGGGGACUUCACAAAGCAGGCUCUGGUUCAGGACCUCGCCCGGAGGCUCUCCGCCGCCGACCUGUCGGCGCGGGUUCAGGCCGCGCGGGAGGUGCGCAAGUUCGCGAGGGCGUCGGCUAAGUCCCGCUCCAGCUUCGCCGUGGCGUCCGUGGUGCAGCCGCUCAUCGCCAUGCUCCCUUCCCCGGACCAUGACGCCCAGGAGGCUGCUCUGCUUGCGCUGCUCAACCUCGCCGUCCGCAACGAGGGAAACAAGGAUAAGAUCGUGAAGAGUGGUGCUGUGCCCCAUCUGGUGGAGCUCCUCCGAACCGGGAAGAACAAUCUAAGAGAGUUGGCUACUGCAGCAGUCUUGACACUCUCAGCAUCUACCCCUAAUAGACCAACCAUUGCCACCUCUGGAGCAGUUCCUCUUCUUGUUCAAAUUCUAACUGCAGGAAGUAUUCAAGGAAGGGUUGAUGCCGUCACUGCCCUCUACAAUCUUUCUUCUUGUGAAGAUAUCACCAACUUUACACUACCAUCAGAAGCAGUUAAACCACUCCUCACCCUCUUAAAUGACAGCAAGAAAUACUCAAAGUUUGCUGAAAAAACCACCAGUCUCUUGGAAAUCUUAGCCCGGUCCGAAGAAGGAAGGAACUUGAUCUCCAACUUUGGUGGAGGCAUUUUGACACUGGUAGACACCAUUGAAGAAGGUUCAUUUCUCAGUGCAGAGUAUGCUGUCGGAGUGUUGCUCUCCUUGUGCAACAAUUGCCGGGAGAAAUGUAGGGAACUCAUCCUCAAAGAAGGUCCCAUUCCAGGUCUCUUGUUGUUGACAGCAGAGGGCACAAAGAAAGCCCGCGAGAGGGCUCAUGAUCUUCUCAAUCUUCUCAGGGAUGACUCCAAGAAGAAGAGAGUUGCAUCAAAGGAGCUAGAGAUUCUAGUUUACGACAUUGCGACUCGGGUCGAUGGACCGGUCAAGGCCGCAGCAACGGCAAAGCGAAUAAUGGAGGAUAUGGCUAGACGAGGUAAGGAACUCAGCGCCACCAAACUUCACUCCAAAGGAUGCCACUAACUUCAAAUGACUUCUUCCUGUACCCAGCGAAUAGGUUUUAGAUUAGAAGUGUAGGAUUUCUCAGAAUCGAGUGUAAGAUGGUUUUGUGUGUUCUGUGUUUCUUCUGUUCUUUUUCAUUUCCCCAUUUUCUCUGUACAUGUUGACACCGACUUUAGCCAACUUGCUAAAGUGGUGUGCUACGAUUUCAAGGUUUGAAUGUCCAAAAAUACUCACCGGAUUACGAUUAAGUUUGAUCUAAUUUACUUUUUGUGUGCA